AGGUCCGUCCACAGGGUACACCGAUUGCAGUCGUACGAGUACGUCGACCAUUCGCGGGAUACCCGCGACGAUUUGCGGCAAAAAGCACCGGCUGGCUGAUGACGGUCGGCCGACGCGCCACGAGACCGAGGCGGACAAUUCUUUCGCCGGGGUGGAAAAGUGCGUGGCCGGAGGGAUGACUGCGAGGGCUGCAGGCACCGAGCGCUCGAGUUAGUCUCGGCCAGAACACAGGCCCAGCAGGAUCAUCGCACACGCACACGAGGAGUGCGCGUGGAGUGCGUGGAUCGAAAUAGGCCGAACACGACGACGCUUCGCGCGUCGCAUCACCGGGCGAGUGUGCGGACAGUAGAGUGCUUCGGUGUAAGGUGCGCGCUCUCUCCCCUCCCCCAUCACCCCGGCGUUCUUCCGCACGCUCGAGGAGGACACUCGCGCGAGCAAAGGAGGCGCUCCCCAAGGCCCUGCUGGCGCUCCGCGAGUCUAUUUCAUUUUUCCUUCGCCCGCCUCGCGCCGCGCGCGCGGAUUUCUUUUCUGCCACUCUUCGAACGGCCGCGGGAGGUCCGUACGAAGGGCAACGGUUUUCCGAGGGAGGACGACGAUGUCGAAGAGUGACUACCGGAGAACGGCCACGGAGAGACUGUGUUGCACCAGCUCUUAGUUUCAGGUUAGGAGCCUGCUAGGACGGGUCUCGUUCUCUCUUCUUGAGGUCAUCCGGAGAGCGGAGACGAAAGGGUUUGCGGUCCGGGUGCAUCAGUGGAACCACGAAACGAGGAAAGGGGAAAAGAGAGAGGAGGUGAAAUAUCGAGGAAAAAAAGCAGCCGUCACUUCACCACUCUGCCUUUUUAACCGAAGAAGGCACUGGGACGUGAAACGUCAAACCUGUCGUCACGAUUGACAUCGAUGAGAUUCGAGAGAGACUCUGCUCGUGGAGAACGGAUUACGAAGGGAAGCAGAUUUCGAAAUCGCGCGACAGCGUAUCGAUCAAGUGUUACCUUCAAGUGUCACCAAAGUGUUCCGAAGUGAUCUUCCUCGUGUGACUGAGUGAGGAGACUCCGUGCUCAUCACAUCGUCGUGAUUGUUUUAUCUGUGUAGUCGAGAUUGUGCACCCCCCCCCCCCCCCCCGAAGUGCCGCGAGUGUCAGCGGACUUAGUCCCCGGUAGUCGACGCGAGUGAGAAACACUGAUCCGUUCACAACGUGAUGCACGCCGUGUGAUGCGGCAGCGGGUUGAGAUCUGCUGCACGCAUCAUCGCUACGUGGACGACGACAAGGAGGAAGAGCACGACACUAUUGUCGUCGACAUUGGCGAAUCGUCUGUGAGAGACUACGCGAUCUCGGCACGCCAGCCCAGGAGCUCCUUGACCCUCUAAUAGCGGUGUCUAAUGAUACGGUGACGAAUGACAUGGAUCAGCGCGAUUCAUCGAUCGAGGAAGAUCGAGACAGCAGUUUAACACAACAGUGCUGAUGAUGCCGUGGUACCGAGCACGUUUUCGACGUACGUGAGACUACUCGUCUGGCCCGUCAGAAUUCCAAGUGUCAUUGCGUGCGAAGUCCAAGUCAACGCUGCUCGUGGAGACGUGUUGUCGCGACGUUCCGCGCCGUACCUAUAGGCUUUUGAACCGAUCGGCUCGGGCGAGAGGAGGCCGAUCGACGUUCGAUUAGAGAUCGAUAAGAUAGAGUAGACGCGCCGGGCUAGUGAGUGAUAGCUAUCACUAACGCAUUGCAAACGAGCGCGCGAUCGUGUUUUGAAAAUUCUCUUUCAAGAAAGAGGAAGGGAAGACUUCCUGAAGGUCGAAUGCGCGCUGCCGCGAGAGAGUGUCAGCUGUCCGGCGAUGCUCAUCGCGUGGCAAUAACACGGAAGCGCGAGCCGCCGAGUGGACGCCGAGUGACACGCUACGCGCCGCGUCGUCGCGGACUGCCGGUCCGGAGAGACGGUGCCGACGGGACCGCCGCCUAAAACGUGUUCCGCGAGUGUUGCCGCGACCGGCAACGGAGGCGGAGGAGACGGCGGCGUCGGCGGCGGCGACGGCGACGGCGGCGGCGGCGGCGGCGGCGGCGGCGGCUGCGGCGGCAAAGCGGCCGGCGAACGAGGAAGAGCAGUUUUGCGCCCGCCGGAGAAGCUCGAAGCCGUCAAAGUGGCUUCGUCACUGGGGCUCCAAGGGCCGUCAGCGCCGAUCGGGGCCCAACUACUGGCUACUGGUGGUUCGGAGGAUGCGCCGACCGCGACCGUGUACCACGCCAAUCUGGUAGCCGGUAGCAACACCUCCGUCGUGACAGCGGCGCUCCAGCAGCCCAUACUAGCGGGUCUGAACUCAGCGGCACUGGCCAGCAUGCAGGCCUCCGCGGAGGCCAACUCGCGGAAUAUAACGACCAUGGAAUGGCUCUACAAGAAGGAGCCCUUAUUCACGCUCGCCCACUUCUGGCAACAGAGAGCGACUUCGGCGGAGAAAGAAAUAGCCGCGCUAAAAGAACAGCUCGCAACGAAUGACAACAAUUCCAAGACUGAGGGACACCAAUUGUCUCAGCCUCCGCAGGGAAGCGAUCAACAACAGGUACACGAUGCCAGCAAUCCCAGAAGGACGCCGAACAGCAACCUCGAGCAGGAGCUGCAGGCCAAAGACAAAGAGAUCAGCCAGUUGGUUGAGGAGGUGUCCAGGCUACAGCAGAGCCUGCAACGUCUUCAGGAGACAAGUGCGCAAGCAACAGCGCGACUCGAGGAGGAGCUCGAAGUGCGCAGGCAACACAUCAACAGACUGGAGAGCAAAUUGGAACGACAGAGGGACUAUGAUGACCUGAAGCGCGAAAUCAGUGUACUGAGGUCAGUCGACCUUUCGCAGAUACCAACUGGCGAACCUGGCAAGAGCUUGGAACAUCUUCUUAUGGAGCGCUUUAAGGCGCUCCAACAAGCCGAGAACCUGAAACCCUCCAAUACACCCGACGCACUCGGUGGAUUAUCGUCACCCCUGCAGCGCGCCUCGACCGCCUCGCCCCACGGGGUCGGAGGUGUGCCACCUACGUCCCAUGUGUCCUCCCAACAACCACCGCCACCGCCUCCGACAGCAGCCUCCCUCCCUCCACGUUCCACCCCGACGCCCUCUUCGGCCACUUCGACGACUUCGAGCCUCCUCUUCCCACCACCCCUCCAGAACGUCGAGACUUUUGGCUCGUUUCUCGGUGAAGAAAUCGUCGCCAAUUGGAGGCGGACAUUGGAAAGGUCUAUCAUGAACCAACAGCAGCAGCAGCAGCAGCAGCAACAGCAGCAGCAGCAGCAGCAACAGCAACAGCAACAACAGCAACAAUCACAGCCAUCUCAAUUAAGCCAGUUAACUCAACAGCAACAACAAUUGCAGCAAGCUCAACCACACAUGGGUUUACACCCGCCAACAACGCCAAGUAGUUUAAAUCAUCUUCCAUCACCGGGUGCGGAUCCGUCGUCAACCUCGAACACACCGGUGAAAUCGAACACACCGAUCGGUACAACACCUCUAGGCAGUCUAGAUGCCAUUGAGAAAGCGCCGACGCCGGUAUCGGGACACGAAACGCCAGCACCUCCGACACCAUCCUCCACAACCGCCUUGACAUCACCGCCGAGCUUCCAGCCACCAACGUCAAUGGUGGAAACUAGCACCCCUUCGGCUUCCAUCAAUGGCAGCGGUCUCACGUCUGGUGUACCGAGCGCACCGCCUCCGAAGAGUCCGCCUGAUCAAGAAUCAUGUCACAAUAAUAACAAUAGUCAUCAUUUGGCAAAUAACAAUAUCGGCGGGCUGAGUGUCCUCGAUACGCUAAAGAGUCCGUUUCGGUUUGACGAUCGAGCGUAUCCCUUCCGAUUCGGUGACGAGUUCGGUGCUGCCGGUAUGGCCGGUCGGCUGGGCGAGUCCCUCAUUCCAAAGGGCGAUCCUAUGGAGGCGAGAUUGCAGGAAAUGUUGCGUCAUAAUAUGGACAAAUACGCCUCGCAAAAUCUUGACACUCUUCACAUAGCCAGGCGGGUACGCGAGCUAUUGUCGAUACACAAUAUCGGUCAAAGACUGUUCGCCAAAUACGUUCUCGGAUUAAGUCAAGGCACGGUCAGCGAGUUGCUUAGUAAGCCCAAACCUUGGGAUAAAUUAACCGAGAAGGGCCGUGACAGUUAUCGGAAGAUGCACGGUUGGGCUUGCGACGAGAACGCCGUGCUGCUGCUCAAGUCCCUGAUUCCCAAGAAAGAGUAUGUUUCAGGCAAGGAGCAAGGAAUGCCAGCAUUCGCGCGUGGCCCACAGGAUGGUGGUCCGCAGGAAAUGAGUGACGAAAGAUUGGCACAUAUUCUCUCGGAAUCGAGCCAUAUGCAAAUGAGAAGUGAGCACGAGAUAUCGAACGACGCUGACAGCAAGAGUCCGAGUAGACUUGGUUGCCCGAGUCCGUUCAACAAAGACAGACUGGACAGUCAAAACAGGAGACUGAAGAAGUACGAAAACGAUGACAUUCCCCAGGAGAAGGUAGUGAGGAUUUAUCAAGAAGAAUUGGCGAAGCUGAUGGGCACAAGAGUGGAUAAUCUUCGCCCGCGAGAAUUUCCUAGUGCGAUUUUUCCGCAUUUUUUCAGUGGCGCCCAGGGCGGUCUUCAAGGCAUCGAGCGUACCCAGGAAGAUAUUCGAUUGGCACUCGACGCUUAUCACCGUGAACUACAAAAAUUGAAUGCCGCACCAGGUCAGAAUCCGUCAAUGGCGGGUUUACCAGGAUUGCCUGGAUUGCCAGGUUUGCUGGCGCUUCAACAACAAGCUCUUCAGCAACAUCACUUAGCCGCUAAUGGCGGCAGCGGUGGUGUUCAGGACUUGAGUUUAGGCAAAGUGGAUCCGCGCAAUAAAAUGAUAAAUGGUGUGUCGGAAGAAGAGAAAGAGAAAAUGGAAGAGGCGAUGAGACACGCUGGAAGUGCAUUCUCUCUGGUGAGGCCGAAGCAGGAAUCGACGGGCCCUCAAUCAACACCCGGCGGUUCCAGCGCGAGUUCGCCGCUUGGAAAUUCCAUACUUCCCCCCGCGAUGACACCGAACGAGGAGUUCUCCAGUGCGGCAGCAGCCAGUCCUCUUCAGAGAAUGGCCUCUAUCACGAAUAGUCUGAUAAGUCAACCGUCCACCCCAACUCACCACUCGGCCAACCAAAGACCGCUGAAAGCUGUGCUUCCUCCGAUCACACAGCAACAGUUCGAUCUGUACAAUAAUCUUAACACCGAAGAUAUUGUGAAGAGGGUAAAGCGCACUGUGAAGGAACAGCUGUCUCAGUAUUCGAUUUCGCAACGAUUAUUCGGCGAAUCAGUAUUGGGUCUAUCUCAGGGAUCAGUGUCAGACCUCCUCGCGCGUCCGAAACCAUGGCACAUGCUGACCCAAAAGGGCCGUGAGCCCUUCAUCCGAAUGAAGAUGUUCCUCGAAGAUGACAACGCGGUGCACAAGCUCGUCGCUAGCCAGUACAAGAUCGCACCGGAGAAGCUAAUGAGGACCGGCGGCUACGGCGGCCUGCCUCGUAAGUUUAACUCAGCCUGCGGAACACCUAUGAAGCCAAUGCCACCAACGAAACUCGUCCAAGAACAGCUUCAGAACGCAGCGAAGGCGCAGGCCGCCGCUCAAGCAGCCGCGCAAGCAGCGGCGCAGCAGCAUCAGCAGGAUAAUCAGAUGCAGCUCGGGCCGCCACAGCAAAGUCCUCAGCUUCCACAGCAUCCGCAGCCGCCGCCACCAAUGAUGUUAACCCCGCCCGGGCCUCAUCAUCCCCAUACUCAGCUUAGCAUUCAAGAACUCCAAAAGAAACAACAGCAGCAGCAGCAACAACAACAAAUGUCGCUACAUUCGCCACAUCAUCAGAUGGCACCGUCGCCUCUUCGAAGUCUUCACCCGCACAUUUCACCAAGCGUAUACGAAAUGGCCGCCCUUACUCAAGAUCUCGAUACACAGACAAUCACAACGAAGAUCAAGGAAGCUUUACUGGCUAACAACAUCGGCCAGAAGAUCUUCGGUGAAGCGGUUCUUGGUCUGUCGCAGGGCUCCGUCAGUGAGCUAUUGAGUAAACCGAAACCGUGGCAUAUGCUCAGUAUAAAAGGUCGAGAACCUUUUAUUAGAAUGCAACUUUGGCUAUCAGACGCACAUAACGUCGAUCGACUGCAAGCGUUAAAGAAUGAACGACGAGAGGCGAACAAGAGACGACGUAGCAGUGGUCCCGGCCACGACAACAGCUCCGACACUUCAAGCAACGACACAGCCGAAUUCUAUCACGCGGCAUCACCUGGCCCGGGACCUACCACUGGGAAGAAGCAGCGCGUUCUCUUCUCGGAAGAGCAAAAGGAAGCCCUCAGACUUGCCUUCGCCUUGGAUCCGUAUCCCAAUGUAGCCACCAUUGAAUUUCUCGCCGGUGAACUUGCUCUAUCUUCGAGGACGAUAACGAAUUGGUUUCAUAAUCAUCGGAUGAGACUGAAGCAACAGACGCCGCAUGGUCAACCGGAACCGCAGUCGCCGCGAGAACCCGGCCAACCGUUCGACCCUGUUCAAUUCAGAUUACUGUUAAACCAAAGACUGCUGGAGAUUCAGAAAGAGAGAUUGGGUCUAGGAAAUGUACCUUUAUCUUACUCUCCGUACUUUAAUCCCAACCUGGCGGCUCUGGUAGGUAAUGCACUAAAAGAACAAUGUUCUGGUCUUGACCUCUCGAUGAAUGCCCUAAAGAGAGAACCUAAUCAAGAGUUCGAGGAUGAGGACGUCGAGGAUGCAAUGAGUAAUUUAGGUAGCGAAGACUCAGAAGGUUCGGCUAGUAGUAUAAAAAGAGAACCUACAGAAACGCCGACGGCACCGACGACAGUUAGGUCCAACAGAAGAAAACCUGCGGCUCCACAAUGGGUGAAUCCAGAAUGGCAAGAACCAGCGAGAACGGGCGACGAAGUCAUCAUCAACGGCGUUUGCGUGAUGCAAACGGAUGAUUACGGAGUAAAGAGAGAAGCUGAGGAGACUAUAAGAGUCGAACCGACACCGGUGCAGGAUCGAUACGAAGAGGAUGCUCAAAGUGAUGUCUCUUCCGUAUCGGGCAACAAUGGAGCCGAUCGUGAUAGCCCACUUCCCAGUCCAAAGUCUGGUCAGAACAGUCCAGCAACGUCGCUCAGACCGCCGUCGGCGCAACAAAUACAGCAGUCCACGGAAGGAAGUCCGAAGGAUGUGGUGAAACACGAACCGGAGGAAACGUGGGAUUACUAGGACAAUUCAAGGCACAAAAUUCCAUGGGAUUAUGCGCGAGCUCGAGAUUUCUUCUGCGGACAAAGUCGAAACUCGAGCGAAGUAUCCGACGUGUCUCCAGAAUCGUAUUGUUGACAUAUGCCAAAAUGACGCUUUGUUUGAAAAAGACGUUCCGCGAGAUCUAGUUAAGUUUUAAAUGAGAAAACCAGCUAUAGGACUCGAUUGUGUGAGUCCUGCCUACCACGAGGGCAUUAUCAUAGUGAGGCGAACGCGAAAAAUCUAGGAAGAUGUCGAAGAGAAAGAGAGGACAUCUUGGUUCGACGGACGAGCACCAAGAGAACAAAACGAUCAAAACUGAAUGGAGCUCAAUCAAAAGAACUCACAUUGUGACAUUUUCUAUGCGGCAAGUGUUACGAGAUCAGUGUCGGUGCGCGCGGGUCAACGGCGAGAUCGUAUCAUUUAGAGGACUGUGAAGUACAACGGGGCCGGCUGUGGAAGGACGACGGGCUCUCGUUGCAAUUCGCUCGAAAUUCGAGAGAACCCCGGCCGUUUUCGCUUUCGGAUGAUACUAUCCCCUUUCCGAUGAUGAAUGAUCGAUGGGGUAUCAUUCUAGAGGAGGGGAGACUAGAAGCGGACUAGAUAAUGCAUGGAAAACGGGGGUGGUCCGGGUUCGCCACAGUGCAAUCUCCCAGUAACUAAUUGUUAGAUCAAAUUAUUAUUAAUUUUUAACGAAAAUUACGCGCGACAGAACGGCCGAUUAAUAAUUAUUGCAUAAUUGUGAUUCAUGUUAUUGUUUAUACUCGCCUCCCUAUAUCCCCUAUAGUGAUUAAGCUGUUAAUGUUGUAUACUCUCUCUAUCUCCAGUUACGUACCUUUUUAUCUCUUUCGGUUAAGAUUCAAUGUUCCCUUUUCCCUUUCUCUUUUUCCUACUCUUCUUGCUUAUCCGCCUAUUUAUAAAACUGCGAGAAGAAUCACUUAAGACCGUUACCAAUGUUAUUAUUAUCACUGCUAUUAUAUAUAAUUACAAAUUAUUAAUAUUAUUAUUAUAUAAUUAUCAUUAUUAAAUAUUCUCAGUUGUCAAAGAGAGCACUGUCAUUGAUUACUAUUUUUACGUUGAUAUGUUGAACGGCGUUGCAGAAUGUAAAAUACCAAAAAAGAAGUAAAUUUAUUCGUUCCACGAGAUGAUUAUUUAAAUUUCCUUUUUCUAUUUGUUGGGAGAUAUUAGCUACGCUAAAUUAAUUGGUGAUGAAUAUCUUUGAUGAUUAUUAUUUAAAAUUCCUUUGAUUAUUAUUAUUAUAUUAUAUUUAUAUUAUUGUAUUAUUAGGCUUAUGUUAUCAUUACUAUUAUUAUUAUUAUCAUUAUUAUUAUUAUUCUCAUUAUUAUAUCGAUAAUCAUUAUUAUUUUAUUAUUAUCAGAAUCAUUGUCGUGACAACAAUGUGGCUUGUAAAGCCAAUGUGAUAGAGCUUAUUGCGAUGAUAAGGAAAAAGAGCGUGCGAGUAAAAGACGAACAUAGGCACGCCGAAUUCACUGAACGUGGCGAGAGAUUGCGCGAAUACGACGUGCGAUUUCUAGCAUAUGUAAAUAUCUGUACAAAGGAAAAGAAUGGACGAAAUUUCGGAAUACGAAACAGAAGAACUACCGUACAUGCAUACACACACAGAUACACGUGUACACAUCCAGACACAUCCAGACGCACGUAUAUAUACAUAAUACAAUCUUGUAUAUUUACUUACUUACCACACUUAACUAUCUAAUAGCGUACGAAUAUAUCCACGCAGAGACUAACAGCGGUACACAUUGAGUGACUGCACGCUGAAUUUUCACUUGUCGCAGUCGGCAUUGCACAUCGUAAGAAUAAAGUCGCGUAAUCACAGCGACGAACGAUGAGGUAAGAAAAGAAAGAGAAUCGAGCCACAUGUUUCAGUGACCGCUCGUUGCGAUCCGUGAAAAUGCAGCGUUCGGGCUAUAGUAAGUGGCGCAAAAGGAGAACGCGUAUAAUUAUGAGAAUUUGCCGGAAAAUUAAUCGAAUGCCUAGAGGGAGGGAAAAAAAUGCAGAAGACACUUCGAGGCGAUUCAGCGAGACAUUAAGAGCGAAAGGACAGAGCGAAUGAAUAAACGUGUGUGUAUGUGUGCGUGAACCUUGUAAGAGAGAGAAAGAGAGACAGUCCUCGAAUUAUUACGAAUCAAACUAUAGUAUUUACCAGAAUAUAAAUUUUAAUCUUCAAUUAAAUUCUAGUCCGCAGUUAAAAGUAAAAAAAAAAGGAAAAAACAAACGUGAAUAAUAUUGUACGUGGCAGAGACGCAAGGAAUUUUGUGCGAGACGAUCGCUUUAGAAGGGCAUUGCUAAAUGAGAGACCAGUGAUCGAUUGGUUCUGUUUUUCCCCAUUCCCCAUUCCCCCGAUUCUUUUCAAAGUUUUUCAAUUGAAUUGUCACGAUCGAGCCGGAUUAUCAAAUGUACAUAUUGCUAUUAUACUCGUGCGAUUUACAUCUCGUAACUUAAUGAUGCUGAUUCCGCCUGCCGACGAGUGAUCCCGAGUCUUACCGAGUAGCCUGACGAACGACGAGAAUACGAACGGAUCGUGGCAGACGAAAGAAUCGCGACGAGGACAUGCGUAAUCGUAUUUCGUCGAUCGUCUAUGUCGACGAGUGACAUCGAUCAAUUAAAGGCUACGGUAAAAACUCCGGAUACGCGAGGUUACGAUGAAGCAGGGAGGAGAGGAACAAACAAGCGAUCUCACACUCUUCGAAUACCAAACUAAAUUAUUUCGCUCGAACAUUAGUCUAAUAUUCAUCCUUACGAUUUAUCGACCUGGGUUAACUGACGCAGCAUCCGCCAAUCGCGCGAAGAUCCGUAGAUAAUCGUCGAUUCUCACGACGGAGUUCGAACGAGCUCGUUUCUUAGGACUACUUUAUUAUCAGGUACAACAAUAAUGCGACUCUCGCGUUGAUGAGACGACCGGAUUUCAGUCGCAAACGCGGCCAAAGCGUCCGACAGCUCGACGGAUAGGCGCCUUACGAUUUAUUAUAUUAUAUGUAUACAUUAUGAUUGUUUCCCUGUUCUUCGUUCGCGGCGGACAAGUGUAACGCAUAGAUUCUUUGUAGAUACAGGAUAGCCGAUAGAUAGCCGAUAGCUUUAAUUAUUUAAACAGUACAGCUUUUGUGUCGAGAGCAAAGAUCGACGACCGUCUAUGGUACACGGCGGACAUGUAAUAUAACGUAACGAAUAUACACAAGUGCGUAAUUGCGUGCGGAUGCGUUAGCGUUAUCGACAAUGGCGGGAAGGAGGGAAAUCAUAUCGUAAAACCUAAUAAUAUUUUACAACAAGAGGUAACUGUAGAUAGACAUUCAAAAGCUGUUGAGGCCCCCCCCAGGACGCGCGAGGCGUGUAUCGAAAAGCACGUGCGCGGGCAUACGAUCAAAAAGAAGAAGAAGAAGAAGAAGAAAAAGAAGAGUAAACGAACCACGAAGGACACUGUCAUCCAGUAGUGAAAAUAAUGUAUUAAAAAAAAACAACGUUUACCUAAAGUAAUAGUCUAUUGAUUUGUAUUUCAUUUCGAACUGUAUUAUAGCUUUAAAGAGUAUCCUGUACAUUGCAUAAACACACGAGCACUAUUGUUUUAAAUUGUACGUUUACGAUUAUUAUACGAAGAUAAAAAAGAAAUAAAUAAGGUAUACAAAAUAU